AUGCCCCAUAUUCCCAGCGGACUGGAGCUUGAGCCAAUGCUCGUCCUGGCCAACAAUAUCAGAGAUAACGUCUUGGUCUUGAACGACUUUAUCUCUUCUAACCGCCACCCUAAUCCUACUUUCUCUGCCGAUUCAGUGCCCAACAAAACCAUUAUCCCACCCACCAGCCCGCAAGAGGUCCAGGAUGCACGAGCUGCCCUCAUAAGUUCCGCAAGAACUUUGCUUGACCUCGCUUUGGGCCCAGUCGGAAUCCUGGAAGAUAUUAAUGUGAUUCAUCGCUACCGAAUUGCCGAGGUUUUCCCUCCCAGUGAGAUAAUCUCAUUUGAGGAGCUUUCUUCUCGAUGUGGUCUUAACAUUAUCGAUUUGAAGCGAGUGCUUCGACUUGCCAUGACCAGGCAUAUUUUUGCGGAGCCAAAGUCUGGCUUCGUGGCACAUACUGCGGCUACGAGAUUGUUGCAUGAUGACGACAGAAUCCUCAAAUAUGGUCAAUCACAAUCCUCGAAUCAAUCGGGUUUCUCUCUCGCAAACAAUACCGAAUUGGGUCUCUAUGAAGAGCUUAAAACCCAUCCUGUUCGCGAAAAGCGCUGGAACCUGGCCAUGAGCGCGAUGGCUGCCAGAAUCGAUUUUGACUUUAUUCUCAACAAUUCUCACCUAUCAUCGUUGGCUCCCGGAUCAUUGUUCGUCGACGUCGGUGGCGGUAACGGCACAAUCAGCGUCGGGCUCGCCAAACGCCUGCCGCAUGUCCGCUUCUUGGUGCAAGAUGCCGCUCCCCAUGCCCAUGCUCAAUCAUACACGGCAAACGGAAUUCCAGUAAAAUCAACGGGAGAUAAUCAACAGGUGAUGUGGCAGACACACGACUUCUUCACCCCGCAGCAUAUCAUCGGUGAAACGUACUAUUUCCGAAACAUCUUCCAUAACUGGUCUGACUCCCAGUGUGUUCAAAUUUUACGACAGCAUGUUCCUAUUCUUCGGCCGAAGACGAAGAUCAUAAUUGAUGAUUUUGCAUUGCAUGAGCCACUGACCGUUUCCGAGUUUGAGGAGCGAAAGGCAAGAUCUAUGGAUAUCACGAUGCUUGUUUACUUUGGUUCUUAUGAGCGUACUAUUGAGCAGUGGCGGUCUAUCCUUGCCGAGGCCGAUCCGCUAUUUACAUUGGAGAAGGUCACUCAGGACCCAAAACAGCCCAACACCAUUCUGCAAGUGGUGUUUGGAUGA